GUAUGCCCUGCCAUCUUCAUCCUACGAGUGCAUUAUAUGGACUUGGUUAUACACCAGAUUAUAUUGUUUAUCAUGAAUUGGUGAUGACAUCAAAGGAAUAUAUGCAAUGUGUAACUGCGGUGGAUCCGUAUUGGCUUGCUGAAAUGGGUCCCAUGUUUUAUUCAAUUAAAGAAAAGAAUUUCACGCAAAAAGAAAAACGUGCGGCUAAUAGAGCAGAGAUGGCCCGAAUGACUAUGGAAAUGCAAAUGAAAACUGCCCGAGAAAAGGAAGAGGAAGAAGCCAAAGAAUUACAACGUAAAGCAACUACUAUUCCUAAAAGUUCAAAAAUUGUAAUACCCGGCCGUAGAGAACCUGGCGUGCCUCCUAGAAAAAGGGGAUUUGGCAUUUAG